UGCCGACAAGGUUUGACGGGCGAGCUUUCUUUACUUGGGCCAGUUUCUUCAUCUCUCGACCUCACCCAUCCAUCAUCCAUCCAUCCAUCCAUCGCCCCCGAGAGAAACACACACCACCACUCUGCCCGACUCUCCUGCUCCAUCACAAGCUCCAUCACGCUCGACUGCCCACUCUGUCGACGCAUCCCUUUUCCGACCUCGCUCCCUCUGCACGCCCCAAAACUCCGUUCAAGCUCCUGGCGACCUCUCCUCCACGCACACCUUCACCGCCCUGUCGCGAUUCCCUCCAGCCCGUCCUCACAGCACGCUUCCCUUCACGGCCCCCGCUGUACAUAAAAGUCGCAAAGAUAAUCGAGAUCAAUUGAACAAGUCUCAACCUCGCGUUUGCGCCCACGUCGACUGCUGUGAAGAGCGCGUAGUCGCGUUUACGAUUCAAGAUCCCACACUCAUACAUAGAAGCCAUGUCUGCAUCCCCCACCAUUGCGGCUUCCUCGACGAAGCGGCCCCUCGAGGAGCCGUCGUCGCCUGCCGGACUCAACGACCAGCCCGAUGCCAAGCGCCCUGCCCUGGACAAGAUGGUCAAGGACGACGCCCCCAGCGCAGACGACAUUGAGAUCGCGCACCCCGUCAAGGCAGAUGGUGUCGCCACCGAGGCCCUCAACGAAGAGCUUGCAAAGGCGGAUCCUGACCUAGCUGCGCCCGCCGUGGAAAAUGGCGCAGAGCCCACCCACUCCGACACGGUCGUCCCGGACGCUCCCUCCAUCCUUGAGACCCAGCCCAUCCAGUCGACGUCUGGUGCCAACGGCCGUCCUGUGAACCCCAACCAGCAGGUUGACGAGACCAACUGGCUGCAUGUGCGUGCUUGCAUCGGCACCAGCGAGGCCGCCACCAUUAUCGGCAAAGGCGGAGAGAAUGUAACCCAGAUCCGCCGCCUGUCUGGCGCCAAGUGCACUGUCAGCGACUACUCACGCGGUGCCGUUGAGCGCAUUCUUACUGUAAGCGGCCAAGUGGAUGCUGUGUCCAAGGCAUUUGGCCUCAUUGUGCGCACUCUCAACCAAGAGGACCUCGAGACGCCUUCUACCUCGACAUCCAAGGCCUACCCCAUGCGUCUGCUCAUCCCGCACAUUCUCAUUGGCUCCAUUAUCGGCAAAGCUGGUGUUCGAAUCCGCGAGAUCCAGGAGGCUUCCAAUGCCAAGUUGAAUGCAUCUGACACCCUCCUUCCUAACUCGGGCGAGCGCUCGUUGAUCGUCCUGGGUGUUGCUGACGCUGUGCACAUUGCUGUGUACUAUGUUGCUCAGACUCUGGUUGAGCAGUUGACGGAGCGCUUUGGUGGACCCGCGGCAUCUCAAUAUGCCACCCGUAGCGGCAUGGCUGCCAAUGUGGUUCCAGGCGGCAUGUCUGUCCAGCCAUACGUCCCUCAGCCUGCCGGAGGUCAGUACUCUCACCCACAGAAUUUCCGUCGCCAAGAACCUCCUCAACGCACCCCCGCCCAUGGAGGAUAUGGUGCUCCCCACAUGCAUGGACAGGCUCCCCAGCAGUCGCCAUACGGUCAUCCUAGCAUGCCUUAUGGUGCUGCUUCGCCCAACCGUGGUGGUCCCUAUGGCGGCGGCCCUGCUGCCCCCACUCCCUAUGGUGCUCAUCCUGCUGCAGCACCUGUUGCACACGGUGCAGCGCCUCAUGCAGCAGCAGUUGGUGCCAUUCCCGGACAGCCCCUCACACAGCAAAUUUUCAUCCCCAACGAUAUGGUUGGCGCCAUUAUUGGAAAGGGCGGUGCCAAGAUCAACGAGAUUCGCCAGCUGAGUGGCAGUGUCAUCAAGAUCAACGAGCCUACCGACAACAGCAACGAGCGUCUUGUCACUAUCACAGGUACACAAGAGUGUAACCAAAUGGCACUCUACAUGUUGUAUUCGCGACUUGAAUCGGAAAAGCACCGUAUCUAGGCACAUGUGCUUGCAACGUAAGCUUGCUGCCGUGUGGCGAAAUGGGCAGCAAUGUAAAAUGAGCAGGGCCUCGACUGUUUUCUUCUCUUUUUUUCUGGGUUUCCCGUCGAAAAUGCAUGUGAAUAUGGGAGCAAGGCGUAGCGGGUUUUGAUUUGUUUGUCUUUUCUUUCCCGUAAUCUUUUCUGGGGCGUGUAUUACAAGUACGUACGCCUUCACUGAGUGCUUCCUUGUACUACAAGAGCAUUCACCUGGUGGGCAUCAGCUCGUAGACGGUUCUGGGUGACUGCUCUCUAUCUCUCUCCUCCCCUCACCCCCC